UAGGUCGGGGGCCCAUCUCCACCAGUCCCCGUGUUUCCUCUUCCUCCGGCCCCUGUCGCCUCUCGUGCAAGCACCGCACCGCACCGCACCGGCUCUCAUCCCGUCGCCCCGUCGCCGACGCGUCCUGCCGCCGGCGCCCGACCGAUUCGCCGAUCCGCGCGCCGCCCGAAUGGAGCCGGCGGAGGCGGAGGCGGGAGGCGGCAUCGCCGCCGCGAGGAGCAGCCCGGCCGCCGUGCAGGCCACCAACGACGACGCCGCGGCGAGCAAGCUGUCCUGUGUUACCAAAGGGUACAUGAAGGAUGAUUACGUGCACCAUUUUGUUAGGCGGACAACAAAAAGGGCUCCAAUAAUCAAUCGUGGCUACUAUGCCCGCUGGUCUGUUCUUAGGAAACUUAUGCUCCAGUUCCUCAAUGCUGGGAGUGGCAGUGAUGAUCAGAAGAGGAAACAGAUAUUAUCUCUUGGCGCUGGCUUUGACACGACAUUUUUCCAGUUGCAGGAUGAAGGGCUUGCUCCAUACCUUUAUGUAGAGCUGGAUUUUCAGGAGGUAACCAGCAAAAAGGCUGCCAUCAUCAACCACUAUAAUGACAUGAAAGAAAAAUUAGGACCUGAUGCUUCUAUUUCAAUAGAAAAAGGUGAAGUGACAAGUACAAAUUACAAGCUAUUUUCUGCUGAUAUUCGUGAUAUACCGAAGCUAGACGCAGUUAUUCGCAUGGCUGAAAUGGACCCAAGCUUGCCGACCUUUAUAAUUGCAGAGUGUGUUCUAAUUUACUUAGAUCCAACUUCAACCGAUGCAAUUGUUAGUUGGGCAUCCGAAAAGUUCUCCAGUGCAAUUUUUUUCUUAUAUGAGCAGAUCCAUCCAGAUGAUGCAUUUGGGGAGCAAAUGAUUAGGAAUCUUGAGAGUAGAGGGUGCCCUCUCCUUGGCAUAAAUGCUACACCAACCUUAGGUCACAAGGAAAAACUUUUUCUCGAUCAUGGAUGGAAGAGAGCUGUUGCAAGGGAUAUGCUGAAAAUAUACAAUGAUUUCAUCGACAGUGGAGAAAGGCGUAGGAUUGAGCGGCUAGAAUUGUUUGAUGAGUUUGAGGAGUGGCAUAUGAUGCAGGAACACUAUUGUGUUGCAUAUGGGAUAAAUGAUGCUGAGGGGAUAUUCGAUGAUUUCGGGUUCAAGGAGUAGCACUCCUCCGCUUUAGCAGCAGGCAGGCAUCAGAACCAUGGGUACCCAAGACGGUUAUUCGAACCGGCGAAGCCCCACAGAAACUUGUAGUACUUGGACCGCGAUAUCUUUUUCAGUUUACAAGGAAUCAUGGCUGUAACAUAACAUUGUACAUAUUAUGUCCGCAAGCGCGUGAACUUUUUUUCGUCCUUUGUUGUGAUGAAGCCCGUGAUCGAACUUAGUGGCACGCCUUGCUUGAUAAUCUGUUUAAUGGCUGUUGUCAGUAGCUGGAUGCUGUUGUUAGUCUGAUUAUUAUGUGAUACGAUGACAUAUGAUGUGUGGCA